AAGAAAAGCUUUAUGAAUAUAGACAAACCCAAAGUCUUUUAUAAACGAAAAGCACAGUUUCAAUCCUAUAAAAACGAUGAAUCCAUCAAGUUUUGUGUGUAUGUCGACUGUUGUUUUAUUUUCCAAUUAGCAACGGUAAAAAAAGUAUCAAAUUGAAUAUGUCGAACGCCAGAGAUAGGCUGAGUCAACGGUGGCCGAGCCAUAUCGCCGAGAAGUUUGUUCCCACAUCGUACUGGACUGAGGAUUCCGAGGGCAAUUAUUUGCUUGACAUUGACCUUCCUGGGUUCGAACAUGAUGAGGUGAGAAUAGAGCAAGAGUCAGCUGGUUACAUAAAGGUCGAAGGAGAAAGGAUACCUGAUGAAAACAGGUGCAUAUACAUCGACCAAACCUUCCGGUUACCAGAGAAUUCAGACACCGAAAACAUCCUAGGCAAUUUCGACGGUCAACAUCUGUGCAUUACUGUUCCAAAGAAAAUCAUCCGGAAUACUGUAGAUCAGAGUUCACACAAAAAAGAGGAAGACCGCGAAAACGACAGAGAUAGAAGAGAUAUUGAAACGAAAAAUGAACGCGAAGAAGGUAUCAAGAGCAGCAGUGACCGAACAUGUUGUGUUCCGAGUUCAAAGAAACCCGAAGGUAAAUACAGUUUGUUAUCGGUUAUACUCGAUGGUGUUGAGCGGAAUAAGGGGAUUGUUCUUUCGGCUUGUAUAUCGUUUGCCAUUGGGGUGUGGGUGUCCCAGCUUUGGGUCUAAGUAUUGUUUGCAUUGUUCUUAAAUACGUAUCAGCGCAUACGUAAAUCGUCUCUCGUAUGUAU